AUGGAAAAUUUUGUUUUUAAAACCUUACCUUCUGAUUUUUCAAUUCCUUCAAUUCCUUCCAUCUCAAAAAUUUCCUUGCGACGUCUCGGCGUAUCAAAGCCAACGCCACCACCGAAACCAGUAGCCCCCAAAACAAUUCCACCUGAUUUGUUGCUUCGCAUUCUUAAAUAUCUUCCAAUAACUUCUCUUUCAAAUUUUGCGCGUGCAUGCCGUCGUUUUAAAAUAUUAGUUUAUGACGAUGAAUUAUGGGGGCAGCAUCUGAAAACACUGGGUUUAAACAAAAUCUAUGAUAAUGCCAUGGACAUUUCUAUAGAUUAUUUAUGCAAAAAUAUAGAAGACGAAGUCAAAGGAAACUCUAGUAAAAAGAAUAAUGUGUCGACCUCAUCACCAAUAAAUAAAAGAAAUAGGUUUACCGAUCAGUCCUUAGAAAUUGCUACGACAGUUACAGAAUCACAAAAGAGGUUGAGUUUGGUUCCGGGACUCUCACUUAAUCCUCUUUUGCGAAAAUCUCGUACUGCAUCUACUGGCGUUGCAAGAGAAAUUUUCAAAAAAAUUUACAUAGCAUUACUGCCUUAUUACGUGGAUUUUAGAACUAAGCGAAAGGACAGUCGUUUAUUCAAAGAGUACACAGAUCCAUCGGAUCAGGCUAAAAUGCUAGCUCGAUUGACUGAUUUUGGAAGGUUGAAUGUCACUUAUGAUUCAGAUGAGAUCAAUAGUGUUCUCAGGACCAUUGUCGAAUAUUUUGAAAAUUCGGCGCUUCAUCAUUUUGAAUUAGCGUAUGAUGCACAUAAUUUAAAUGAAAUGAAGAAAUGGGCAACUAUGCUGUUAAAUUUGAAUGGAGGUAUAACAUGCAUUCAGGUUUACAUACAGAAAAAUUCCAUAUUUUUUGAUUAUCUACAUGAUCCAAUGGAUAAUUUUGUACAAAUUCCAUCAUUAUCUAAUGAAGAGUUGAAUUUUGCACCCAUGUCAGAGUUUUUUAGCUACGUAGAAGAUGAAUUAAAAAAACAAGCUCCUUUGAUAGACAAGAUAUUUCCACCAAAUACUGGCGUUUUUCAUAAUUUCGCUGAACGUGUUUUUGAAGAUUUGAUCACAGAUUACAUCUCCGAAGCUUUAGAAGAAGCUCGUAAUCGAGAUGUUAUUCUAUACCUCAAGACUGUAGUCGCGGCUUACAACCGUUGUAUACAUGUAGCAGAAAUUCUUUGGAAAGAAGCCGAACCUAGUAUGGACAAAAUAAAUGCCGAGAAUAUGAUGUACCACAUGUUUGAACCUUUCAUGAAUGAGUAUUUAAAGACAGAGCUCGCAACUGUCAAAUCACAAUGUGAUGAGCAAAUUGAGAAAUGGAAUCAAAAGCUGAUUGAAAAAACAUCGGAAAGGCAACAGACCAUUCUCAUCAACUCUAAUCGGGAAAUUUAUAAACGUGAUUACCUAACGUAUUUUCGAAAAAUUCUGGUGUUGCCUGCGCCACGUUCAAGGAGUUCAACUUCAUCCAUGUCGUCACAAAUGAGCUAUAAUUUUGAUAGAAGAGGCAGUACCGCGAGUUCUCACAGCACCAAGAGCUUAAAUAGUACAUUUAACACAUCAGAUUUGCAAACGGCAUUAUUGAAUAUUAAAUUUGAUCAACUGCAGCAACUGUUAAGCUUGGAGAUGACAUUGCAUAUGAUACACACCAAUAAGAAUGCUUUACAUAGAAUCAGUGUGUUCUUAGGAUAUCCGAACAAGAUGGGCUACAAAGUCCAAAAUAUUCUGGAAAGUAUUUUUAUAGUGUUUCUUCGGACACUCGGAUUGAAACAUAUCAAAUCAGGGUUUGACACUGCCACGCGACACCUUGGAGAAUAUAAACCUAAUUCUGAUUCCACUUCGAAUGGCCUUGCACCUUUGGUGGAAUUUUUUGAAUUAAUUCACAUCGCUGAUUUGAUACAACAAAUGGUUCAAGUAUACUACGAAGAAGAAAUGAGCCGAUUUAUUGAUAAGACAGAUUUCUUUAAUGCUUGUAUUAAGGAGAAGAAAACGUUUGAAAAGAUUCUUGAUGAAAGCGUAGCGGCUGGUUUGAACAAAGGUAUUCAGGUCCUUAUUGAUCACGUAGAAUUUAUACUGAGUACGGAACAAAGGUCUGAAGAGUUUAAUCCUCCGAUAAACACACCGCUGGAUUUAAAACCUACAAAGGCAUGUGUGCAUGCAGUAGAGUGUCUUUCUUCUCAUGCCAAACUGGUAAUCGGUUGUUCAGAUAAGAAUACUUUGGAUGUGUUCUUCCAAGAAAUUGGGAUUAGAUUUUUUGGAUCAUUAGUCAAACAUCUUAAGAAAUUCACUGUAAACAUAAACGGUGGUUUCCAAGUUAUCAGCGCACCUGAUAUCGGAUUAUUUGUUAGAGAGGCAGGAAGGUUUAAGGGUGUUUUCCUUCCUGAAGAAGUUUAUGAAUUCUGUCAAAAACGCGAAGAUUGGCUUGCAGUUAAGCAUGAAGUUGAGAAGGAAUUAUAUGGAUUAAAGCCUGAAGAUUGCGUUUUGAU